GCUACAUAUUGUUCAAAUAUUUUGAGGUUAAUCUACAAGGGUUUUAAUAAUUAUCUUAGUGAAAUAGUGAUCAAUAUUUCAGCCAAGUAAGUUUGCACAUCUUUCAAUUUCAAAGCAUAACCCUUUUUAAUUUCAUAAUAUCGCAUUCUAGAAAUGCCUCUAACAUGUCGCUUUUACAAAGAAAAAUAUCCAGAAGUAGAGGACGUUGUAAUGGUAAAUGUGAGAAGCAUAGCAGAGAUGGGGGCUUACGUCCAUUUAUUGGAAUACAACAACAUCGAAGGAAUGAUCUUACUCUCUGAACUUUCUAGGAGGCGUAUUAGAUCAAUCAACAAACUUAUUAGAGUGGGAAAAACAGAGCCAGUAGUCGUUAUUCGAGUAGACAAAGAAAAAGGUUACAUUGAUCUUAGUAAACGUCGAGUAUCCCCCGAAGACGUUGAAAAGUGUACGGAGAGGUUUGCUAAAGCGAAGGCUGUCAAUUCCAUCUUGAGACAUGUCGCUGAGCUGCUGCAUUACGAGACCAACGAACAACUGGAGGACCUCUACCAACGAACUGCUUGGCUAUUUGAGGAGAAAACCAAGAAAAAGGCAUCCGCGUAUGAUUACUUCAAGCAAGCUGUCUUAGAUCCCUCCAUUCUGGCUGAGUGUGGCCUCGAUGAGAAGACCCAGGAAGUGUUGCUGAACAACAUAAAGAGAAAACUCACCUCUCAAGCUGUCAAGAUCAGAGCGGACAUUGAAGUGGCUUGUUAUGGCUACGAAGGCAUUGACGCUGUCAAGGCAGCACUCAAGGCUGGCCUAGCGUGUUCUACGGAGGACCUCCCCAUCAAGAUUAACCUCAUUGCUCCUCCACUCUAUGUAAUGACAACAGCCACACCUGAAAAAGCGGAUGGAUUAAAAGCUCUGCAGACUGCCAUAGAAGAAAUUGAAAAAACAAUAAAAAACAUGGGUGGAGUGUUCCAAAUCCAGAUGGCGCCGAAGGUGGUGACAGCCACCGACGAGGCAGAGCUGGCGAGACAGAUGGAGCGUGCCGAGGCUGAGAAUGCGGAGGUGGCGGGAGAUGAUGACGAGGAGGAGGAGGGAGAAGGUGAGGAUGGGGAGGAGGAAGACGGAGACGCACCCAGUGGCGGAGAGGAGGGGGAAGAUGAAGACUAGGGCAAUAUUUUGUUUAAUUUCGCUACAUAAACUGGCUUUCAGUAUAUUG